AUGACGUCAGUGCUUCGUUUUUUGCUCGUGGUGACCGUUGCGAUUGCUGCGACUGCCAAGAACGAUGGGGAUGAUGAGUGGGUUCAUCUUCCGGACAAUUGUGAAGUGUGCAAGUUUGUCAGCAUCGAAAUGAAGUCCGCAUUCGACGAAACGGGGAAGACCAAAGAAGUCAUAGACCGCAAUUAUCGCUUCAUUGACAGUAAAGGAGCUCCACCCAUCAAAUACGUGAAGUCAGACCUGCGCUUCAUCGAAGUGGUGGAGAACGUGUGUCAGAGACUGUUAGAGUACAACCUGCACAAAGAGAGAAGCGGAAGCAAUCGUUUCGCCAAGGGCAUGUCCGAGACCUUCUCCACCCUCCACGGCCUGGUCAAUAAAGGCGUCAACGUGGUCAUGGACAUUCCGUACGAGCUGUGGAACGAGACGUCCGCCGAAGUUUCCGACCUCAAGAAGCGGUGUGACGUUUUGGUGGAGCAAUAUGAGGAUGUGAUUGAAGACUGGUACAAAGGCACCCAGGAAGAAGACUUAACCACUUAUCUGUGCGAGAAGCAUGUGCUCAAAGGAAAGGACACAGCCUGCCUGAAGGAGGAGUGGAAACCAAACAGGAAGGGAGACCAGGCAGCCCUUGCGAAUGAUAAGAAAAAGAAAAGCAAAAACGUCGACGGUCAAAAAAAGGAGAAGAAAGUGAAGAAGAAGAAGAAGGCGGGAAAGACGGAGGGCGUUCAGCCGGAAGUGCCUCUGUCCGGGCCGAAGACGGAGCUGUGA